AUGGAUAUCACUCAAGCUAUCUGCAACCCAUUACGCUUUAUCGAUCUCCUUCAUCAGGAUGCAACUCAGGCAGAACCGUCUCAAGGCGAAUCCGUCAAAGUCGAAGAAUCAAUUUCGCGAUCCUUCCGAUCUUUGCUUAUCAACGAUGACUCAGUUUACCAGAUCCCCUCCAUAACCCAUCCUCUGACCUCACCAGAGUCUCUUCCUAGGGAAUCCCUUGUUCGUUUUCGAUGUAUGAUUCAAGAUACUGGAUUAGGACCUGAACUUUAUUCCUCUAAAGACUCGGCCGGAAGAUGUAUGAUGUAUCGCGAGUCAAACUCGUGCUCAAACGUGGAUCCGGUGGAUAAUUAUAAUCAUGGAAUGCUAUCCGAACGUGAACUAUACUAUGGCGUAGAGAUACCGGGGGAAGCUUCCUGGGUUCAAUCUGCUCUAGAUGGUUCUCCUGAACGGGGGUUAGAAUAUGCAAUCAACAAGUUGGAUAUGGUUGGCAACGAGGCAGAGCCUGAAGGCUUUCACAAGGCCGAUGUCUCCACGCUGGAAGGCACUCGUGAUAAGUACCCAAUCCGUGGCAAGAAGCAUGUUGGAGCUCUCCUGAAGAUAUAUGACCCAUCCGACAACCAGCUGAUCAAGACAUCCGAUGUAAUUGAGGUGAUUGGCAUUCUUGAUUGGACACCCUUUCUUUCCGAAAACCAUCACGAAAAUCUAGUGACUGGCCAGACGAAUGAUAAUACCCUUUCAGCCACAUCAUCAAUCCCCUGCGUUCACGUCGUUUUUUGCCGGACACCGCCCCUACCGCUGUUGGAAAUUCCGAAUCAGCAAGCGGAGCGAAAGAUUAUCAUUGAUCGACUCUUGAAUUACCUGUCGACCCGAGUUUUCAAAGGAGAUGACCUGGCAGCUCAGUAUCUACUUGCUUCUAUAGCAGCCAAAAUUCACACUCGACUGAAUGGAUUCACCAUUGGAGCUUUACCCUUGAACUUGAUCUAUCAGGAUGACUCAGAUUCCGCUUCUUGUCUAUCCGAGGUACUAUCGUCAAUUCUACCCAGAUCUCUCAUGAUCCCUCUCACCAUCGUUUCUUUGAACCAAGCCCCACUUUUCCCUGUCUCCAAUGAAAGCUCUCUGCACUCUGGACCCUUGCAACUAUCGCCUGACACCACUCUAGUGAUUGAUUCGCGAAAGAUGUCCGAAGGCCAACUUAACUCGAUGGGAAUAAAAAAUAUCUCAGCUUUGAAGAAGGUGGUCAAUGACGGCAAACUCAUGUAUAGUUUCCCUUACAGUACAUUUGAGUUCGACGUUGAGAUAGGAAUUGUUACUCUUAGUGAAGGCUGUAAAACGUUUUUAGAAGGCUUCUGGCCUUUACCAAUCCAUCACUCGAAAUCGCAUGACGCGUCACCCUGUUCAGAACCUACGACAGAAGAGCUUUCGAUUUGGAGAGGACUUAUUCAGGAUAUGCGGAAACGACCAAUCAUUAUUCCUGAAUCGCUAUCAUCCGAGAUCCAAGAAGCCUUUGUCUCGAUACGGAAAACGGCAACAACUCUAACAGAUGCCGACAAAGCUAUGAGUCAGGAGGAUCUGAGCCAGCGCCUACAGCUGGCCAGAUUACUUGGCCUUCGGCUAGGGAAAGAUGAAGUCGACUUGGAUGAUUGGCAACAAGCUUGUAAACUAGAGAAGCUCCGCAAGAUUAGACUGAGCACCAAGUAGUUUGUAAUGAUCUCCUCGACUAGUCUAGAGGACUUGCUCAUCAAGAGAAACAUUCCAACGCCCAUGUUGGAUUAUCACAUAUCAUUUAUCACCUUGGCUCUCUGUUCAUUCUCAUUCUUUGCCAAACAUUUCAAACACAUGGAUCAUUAAGUACAGUGCACAAUGAAACGUUUAACAAGUGAUUAUGCUACUCAAAUUUUUGCCAAAUUCCC